UCCCCCCCGAGUUUCACUAAUGGUAAAAAACCCCCGAAACCAUUUGCGAAAAUCACGAAAGUUUUACCAACCUAAGGAAUGUUUGACGAUAUGAUAUUGUUCACCUACAUAUUCAUCAUCCAAAUCAAUCCACAAAACCGACACCCAUCAACGUAACUAACUACCAAUCAUCAUGAUAACGACGCGAAACAACGGCCAUGCUUCCGCCGGCCGCCGGAACCUUCUCCCGCCGCCGGCACUCCUCCUCCUACUCCUAGCCGCUGCUUCUCCUGCCGACGCGUGGAGCAUCUGGGGGAAGACGACGGUGGUGGUGAGAAACGAGCUGGUGAACCACCUCCAGAUGGACCUCCACUGCAAGUCCCGUGAGGACGACCUCGGCGGAGUGCUGCUGCAGGUGUUCGAGGAGUUUCAGUGGUCCUUCAGGCCCAACCUCUUCGGUGGCACGCUGUUCUACUGCCACGUCAACUGGGGCGACGGCCGGCUCUACUGGUUCGACUUCUACGUCCAGCACAGGGACAUCAAGCGCUGCCGGAGCGUCUGCAGGUGGUCCGUCGACGUGCAUGGGCCAUGCAGUUAUAACGAGCACGAGGGCGGGUACGACAAGUGUUAUCACUGGAAUUAUGUGAGCGUUAGGAGAGGGUUGUUGGGGAAUGGAACGAUGGAGGAAGGGAAGAGAGGUUUGACCGAGUAGAAAUCUAGCUAAUUAAGCUAUAGCUAUAUAGAAAGUAGAAACCAAAUAGAAAUAAUAAUUGAUUUGAAUUUAUCAGUUUUUUUUUUGUUUAAUAAUAAUUUUCAGUUUCAGUUAAAUUGUAUACGUACAGAUAUAGUUUUUACAAAUUUCGAAUUUCUGUUGUUAUAUGUUUGAGCCCGAGCGACUGGGCGUCACUCGGGUCCAAGGGGUUUGGGGUGUCAGACAUGACCUUGAAAGGGUAGGCGCCCCGCCUCGUCCGAAAUAAGAGAAAAGAAGAAGUAUAUAGAGAGAGAAAGUAGAGAGAAGUAGUAGUAAGUGUAGAUAGAUUGCCAUUUAUGAGGAGAGAACUCCUAUUUAUACACAUUUGAGGGUUAGGUAGUGGUCUGGGCGCCUGCCAAGCCAUAAAUGCUGUGGUCGGGCGCCUCAGACCUUCUGACACUGUACAUGGUACUUUUUGACAGAGGGUGUCCCCCUGCCCCUUGUCCUUGCUGAUGUCAGGUGCCUGGCCUUGUCUUUUGUCUCCUUGCCUUGUCCUUUUGCUCUGUUGUCUUCUUUCCUUCUUUAUACCAUUAGCUAGAGUUUUGCCUCCUUAGUUACUAGGAUACUCUAUCAAUUGCCCCUUUGACGUCGAUAUGAGUAUCAUGGCGGCGUCAACAUAAAGUGAGUUUCACUAACCUUGCUUUCUCGUCUUCACAAUCAAGUGCCAGCUCUCUUUCUUUAGUUAAUCGGCACCAGGCUCUUCCUUUCAAGUGGGUGCUUCAUUCUCUUAUUGAUCUUCUGAUCUGUUGAGCGCUUGUGCACCCGUGUGGGUGUGCUUGCUUCCAAAUAAGGUGUAGUAAAAUGAGGAAGAAUAAACACAUGUCUCAAGUAACGGAGACUAUCAAAAGAAGCAAUCAUGCCCCUUUUCAGUUUUCCUUUGAUUGUGCCUUGCCCAUUUGAAACGAGCGCCUAGCGCUCUUUUCCAAUUUUUUUCUUUUUCUUUUUGCCAAAAGAUACCACUGAUAUUCAAAUGCUUUCCAUUCAUUGUCUAAGAUGCUCCAUUUUUCUUUCGAUUGCUUGUGCUCUUUUAGAAGAGUGCUUGCUUCGAUUCUUUGGCUAAGCACUGGUCACCCAGCUUGUCGUUAGUUUCCCUAAGACCCAAACUCAACGAGGUGUUUGGCGACAAGCUGCUUUGCUGAUGUGUCUGACCUUCAGUUGGGCGCCUGACAUUUUACUCCUUAGCGAGGUGCCUGACCUUCAGUGGGGUGCCUGGCGCCUCACUCCUUCGCUUAUGUCUUUGGUAAGCAUGUGUCACACAACUUGUCGUUUGUUGCCUUAAGACCCAAAGUCAACGAGGUGCCUGGUGACUUGCUCAUUUGCCGAGGUGCCUGACCUGGCACCUCACUCCUUCAGUGAGGCGCCUGGCACAACACUCCUUCAGCGAGGUGCCUAACCUUUCAGCGGUGUACAUGGCGACUCGCUACUUUGUCGCGGUGUUUAACAUUUGAUAGGGUGCCUGACACCUUCGGUGAGGUGCCUGGCGACUCGCUCAUUUACAUAGGUGUCUGACAUUCAGUUGAGCGCCUGUCACCUCACUCCUUCAGCGAGGCGCCUGACACCACACUCCUUCAGCGAGGUGCCUAACCUUCAGUGGGCGCCUGGCACCUCACUGACAUUCAGUUGAGCGCCUGUCACCGCCUUGGCCAUUUGAAACGAGCGCCUAGCGCUCUUUUCCAAUUUUUUUCUUUUUCUUUUUGCCAAAAGAUACCACUGAUAUUCAAAUGCUUUCCAUUCAUUGUCUAAGAUGCUCCAUUUUUCUUUCGAUUGCUUGUGCUCUUUUAGAAGAGUGCUUGCUUCGAUUCUUUGGCUAAGCACUGGUCACCCAGCUUGUCGUUAGUUUCCCUAAGACCCAAACUCAACGAGGUGUUUGGCGACAAGCUGCUUUGCUGAUGUGUCUGACCUUCAGUUGGGCGCCUGACAUUUUACUCCUUAGCGAGGUGCCUGACCUUCAGUGGGGUGCCUGGCGCCUCACUCCUUCGCUUAUGUCUUUGGUAAGCAUUUGUCACACAGCUUGUCGUUUGUUGCCUUAAGACCCAAAGUCAACGAGGUGCCUGGUGACUUGCUCAUUUGCCGAGGUGCCUGACCUGGCACCUCACUCCUUCAGUGAGGCGCCUGGCACAACACUCCUUCAGCGAGGUGCCUAACCUUUCAGCGGUGUACAUGGCGACUCGCUACUUUGUCGCGGUGUUUAACAUUUGAUAGGGUGCCUGACACCUUCGGUGAGGUGCCUGGCGACUCGCUCAUUUACAUAGGUGUCUGACAUUCAGUUGAGCGCCUGUCACCUCACUCCUUCAGCGAGGCGCCUGACACCACACUCCUUCAGCGAGGUGCCUAACCUUCAGUGGGCGCCUGGCACCUCACUGACAUUCAGUUGAGCGCCUGUCACCUCACUCCUUCAGCGAGGCGCCUGACACCACACUCCUUCAGCGAGGUGCCUAACCUUGAGUGGGCGCCUGACACCUCACUCCUUCAGCCAGGCGCCUAACCUUGAGUGGGGCGUCUGGCACCUCACUCCUUCAGCCAGGCGCCUUCAGCCAGACGCCUAACCUUGAGUGGGGCACAUGGUGACUUUCUCAUUUGCCGAGGUGCCUUACCUUCAGUUGGGCGCCUGGCACCUCACUCCUUCAGCGAUGUCAGACACCUAUGUAAAUGAGCGAGUCGCCAGGCACCUCACCGAAGGUGUCAGGCACCCUAUCAAAUGUUAAACACCGCGACAAAGUAGCGAGUCGCCAUGUACACCGCUGAAAGGUUAGGCACCUCGCUGAAGGAGUGUUGUGCCAGGCGCCUCACUGAAGGAGUGAGGUGCCAGGUCAGGCACCUCGGCAAAUGAGCAAGUCACCAGGCACCUCGUUGACUUUGGGUCUUAAGGCAACAAAUGACAAGCUGUGUGACAAAUGCUUACCAAAGACAUAAGCGAAGGAGUGAGGCGCCAGGCACCCCACUGAAGGUCAGGCACCUCGCUAAGGAGUAAAAUGUCAGGCGCCCAACUGAAGGUCAGACACAUCAGCAAAGCAGCUUGUCGCCAAACACCUCGUUGAGUUUGGGUCUUAGGGAAACUAACGACAAGCUGGGUGACCAGUGCUUAGCCAAAGAAUCGAAGCAAGCACUCUUCUAAAAGAGCACAAGCAAUCGAAAGAAAAAUGGAGCAUCUUAGACAAUGAAUGGAAAGCAUUUGA